GACAAAACAAAUAUUUUCAACUCCUUUUCAAGCUUCACAGCGCAGACAACACAAAAACCAUUUCCGGUUUCCCGAAAAUAUCAAAACCAGCGGCCAUGGAUUAACCCAAAACCUCUCUCUCUCUCUCACUCAUAUAAUCACUUCGUUGUUAUCGCUCAUUUCGGCUAUCUUCGAUGGCAUCGCUCUCUGGUAUCUGCUCCUCUUCUCCAUCUCUCAAGCCUAAAACCCCCUUCGCGAAAUCCACACCUUCGCUCCGUAGAGACUCGGUCACAUUUCAAACUCGCCCUAAACUCGCUCCGGCUCAGUCCGUGGCUCGGGAGGCUCCCGCCGGUUUAUCUAGUACGAACGAUAAAUUGCCUACGAAGCUGAAGCAGGGACUGGACAAGGAUCCUCGUGCUCUGUGGCGGAGAUACGUUGACUGGCUGUACCAGCACAAGGAGCUAGGGCUGUACCUCGAUGUCAGCCGGAUUGGGUUUACGGAUGAGUUUGUGGCGGAGAUGGAGCCUCGGUUCCAAGCUGCAUUCAAGGCCAUGGAAGAGCUGGAGAAGGGCGCGAUCGCUAAUCCUGAUGAAGGCAGGAUGGUCGGGCAUUACUGGCUCAGGAACUCGAAGCUCGCGCCUAAAGCGAUUUUGACGUCGCAGAUUGAGAAUACUUUGGAUGCUGUGUGCAAGUUUGCUGAUGAAAUCAUCAGUGGUAAGAUCAAGCCCCCAUCUUCUUCUGAAGGUCGCUUUACACAUAUACUCUCUGUUGGUAUUGGAGGUUCAGCUCUUGGACCACAGUUUGUCGCAGAGGCCCUGGCUCCUGAUAAUCCUCCUCUCAAGAUAAGAUUCAUUGAUAAUACAGAUCCAGCUGGAAUUGACCAUCAGAUUGCACAGCUUGGUCAUGAGUUGGCUUCUACGCUUGUAAUUGUGAUUUCGAAGAGCGGGGGCACUCCUGAAACUAGAAAUGGGUUACUGGAAGUACAAAAGGCCUUCCGUGAAGCUGGACUGGAAUUUGCAAAACAGGGUGUUGCUAUAACACAAGAAAACUCGUUAUUGGACAAUACUGCAAGAAUCGAGGGUUGGUUAGCUAGAUUCCCUAUGUUUGACUGGGUAGGUGGUAGGACAUCUGAAAUGUCUGCCGUUGGCCUGCUUCCUGCAGCACUUCAAGGCAUCAACAUCAGGGAAAUGCUUGCUGGUGCAUCAUUGAUGGAUGAGGAGACUAGGACCACUGUGCUUAGGAAUAACCCCUCUGCUUUGUUAGCAAUGUGCUGGUACUGGGCUUCUGAUGGUGUAGGGUCCAAGGAUAUGGUCGUCCUUCCAUACAAAGACAGCUUAUUACUAUUUAGUAGGUAUCUGCAGCAGCUGGUCAUGGAAUCUCUGGGGAAAGAGUUUGACCUAGAUGGUAAUCGGGUGAAUCAAGGGCUUUCUGUAUAUGGAAAUAAAGGGAGCACAGACCAGCACGCCUACAUUCAGCAACUUAGGGAGGGUGUGCACAAUUUCUUUGCCACUUUCAUUGAAGUGCUACGUGAUAGACCCCCAGGUCAUGAUUGGGAGCUUGAACCCGGUGUAACAUGCGGUGAUUACUUGUUUGGGAUGCUGCAGGGAACAAGGUCAGCUUUGUAUGCUAAUGAUCGGGAGUCCAUCACAGUGACAGUGCAGGAAGUGACGCCUAGAUCUGUUGGGGCUCUUGUUGCACUUUAUGAGCGAACAGUUGGGUUAUAUGCCUCCCUCAUCAACAUUAAUGCUUACCAUCAACCUGGUGUGGAAGCAGGUAAGAAAGCAGCAGGAGAGGUAUUAGCUCUUCAAAAGCGGGUUUUGGCAGUUCUCAAUGAGGCCAGCUGCAGGGAACCUGUGGAACCAUUGACACUUGAGGAAGUUGCUGAACAUUGCCAUGUGCCUGAAGAUAUUGAAAUGAUAUACAAGAUUAUCACACACAUGGCUGCCAACGACAGAGCAAUCAUUGCCGAAGGCAAUUGUGGUUCACCGCGUAGCAUCAAAGUUUUCCUUGGAGAGUGCAAUGUGGAUGAGUUGUAUGCUUAAGAUUUACUGGAUUUGAUAAUUCAUAUCUCAAGCAUGUGGUGUUGUUCCAAAAGUUGCUCAAUAAGCUUAUUUUUGACUUCGUUUUGUCACAUCUUCACUGUGAAGCAGGAAUUCUUUGUAAAGUCAAGACUACAAUGGUUUCAACGGCUGAUAUCAUUUUGAACAGGAUUAGUUCAAUCCUUUUUUAGGCUACCAAGCCAAUCUGUACCUGUCCACCUUCAGCUGUCAUGUUAUCUCUAUCUUCCUUUCUUUUUGAAAGUGCUUGGUGGCUUAGGUAACUCCCUUAAAUGUAACCGGUUAACGGCAACAUGGAGUCUGACUUCUGUUCCUCCAUUUUCUCUUCUCAACAUCUGCUGCUUUGAUUAUCAAGAAGUUUGUGGACGCGUCUUUGCAACCGAAGGUAUUGUCCACUUUUGGUAUCUUACGGGCAUUCUUUACAUGCUUGGGCCUUGGGCCUGUGGCCAGAAGAAAUAUGUAAUGUUAACCCAGUGCAAAUUAGAUGAACAUUCACUUUAA